AUGGCGUAUAACCUGCUCUCGCUCCCUCCGGAGCUCAUCCUGCGCAUCCUCGAGUGGUCCGACUACCGGUCCAUCGUGCACUCUGCGAAGUCAUGUCGACUGUUACGGGGCCUCAUCACCAACUCGCGCCGUCUGGAGUACGUGCUGGCGCUGGCACGCACCGGCAUGCAAGAUCUACCCCGCGCGACAUACACAGCCAAACAGCGCCUCGAUCUCAUCGUCGAGCACGAGACCGCCUGGUCGAAUCUGCGCUGGAGGCGGCGCAUCGCGUUACCGCCUCAAGCCGUCCACAUCUGGGAACUCUACGGCGGCAUUUGGGCUCAGAGCGGCGACCACUGUAGUAUCUCUUUCGUCAGGCUGCCGAGUAUAUUCCGCAACAUAUCCAUGAAGAAGUGGAGCUAUAUCAGCGAGUUUACGAUCUUGGAUUUCACGCUGGAUAGUAGCAGUGAUCUGCUGGUCCUGUUGCAGCAUGCUGGGAAAGACUCGAUCAAGAUACACUUGCAAUCUUUGACAUCUGGGGAUACGCAUCCGGAGGUUACUGCCCCAAUCCCGCUCUACACCAUCUCGCCGGACAGGGGAAACUACGCCUGGAUAACCAUGCGCGAAUGGUGCUACAACAUCCGCGUGCACGGGCGCUACCUCGGUAUCUUCUUCGAGAACGUGUACGGCGGCGAUCUCGGCACGCGCGAGCUUUGCGUGUGGGACUGGCGUACGGGCGAGAUGCGUCUGCGCCUGACCAGUCAAGAACUUCGUUCCUUCGUCUUUCUGGCGGAUAACCUCGUCAUGGUGUCCUCCGCCGAGUCCCCGCUGGUCCCUCCUCAUCACCCAGAUCUUUGGUUCUCGUCGUUGGACAUAUACGAGAUACCGUCGUCGAAGCUGCCCAUGCUGGACCUCAACAUCGACGAAGCACAGUCCCAGAAUCAACCUGUGACGGUCGCAUGGUGCCUCGCUCUCCCCGUCCUGGGCAAGAACCCAGCACACGAGAUAUUGCUACACAGCGACCCUUCGCCCUCAUGGCGCCACACCGGGCCCGCACCAUUCUGCACCGCUCCGGACAACCGGUUGAUAGUUGUUGACUACACCUUCGAGCGGAGAAGUACGGUCAGCUUCUUCGUCAAAGCCGAGACGGUGCUGGAGCAUGUGAGGAGGAAGGGCACAAGAGGGACGUAUGUGCCGUGGUUGCAAUGGGGACCUGGGCAAGUGUACGCGGUCGGCGAUUUCGGACACGAAGAAGCUUGGGCGGGCGGAGGAUUCGUCCAUGGGAUGCGAUACAUCCACCCGCACCCCGCUCGCUCGCGGAACCCCUCCAACCCUCUCAGCAUCGUCGUGUGGGACUUUCAUCCCCGUCGUGUCGCAGCUGCGCGGUCGAAGGAUGGCGCUCAGACGGAGGUGGAUGUGGUACCGAGGCCGCGGUUGCCGGAGGAGUUGAGUGAGGCUUGGUUCCCGAAUGGAGUGGGAGAGCCGCCGUUUGUUAUUAGGCAGAUGAGCGUGCCGGAGGAUCUGAGGAUGAGCGCGGAUAUUAGGUUCAUGAUUGAGGAGGAUACCAUCAUCGUUCACCAGACAACGGACAACGGCCAACUUAAAACCCAUUUCUUGACUUUUUAG